AUGAGCUCAAACCACACCAUCUUCAUCCCGGCCACGCGGCCAGCCCACAAGCCGGGGGCCCACGCACUGGUGUACUUUAUCCCGGGAACCCGGGCCUCAUCGAGCGGCCGUCGCCUUCGACAUCUUUGGCCGGAGCCUGCACGGCUUCCACGACGACGACCACGCCCCUUCACGAGCACCUCGCCGCCGUACGGGCUCGAGGAGCAGAUUUGCCGAGCGUACGCGGGCGUCGCCGAGCAGAGGAUCGAGGAAUCGGCGCGACCCGAGGAAAACGGGCGGCCCUACGACUUUGUCGUCGUCAUUGGCCACUCGGUCGGGUCGUACAUUACGCUCGAGAUCUUCCACCGCCACCACCACGAUCCGUCGUCGGCGCCGCACCUCCGCCUGCACCACGGCAUCCUGCUUUUCCCCACCGUCACCCAUAUUGCCAAGUCGCCCAGCGGCCGCCGGCUCAAGGCCCUCAGCGACCGACCCGUCCUCGCCGACAAUGCUCACCGGGUGGCUAAAGCCCUGGUGACGCCCUGGCCAAGGCCCGUGCUACGCUUCCUCUGCCGCGCGCUCAUGGGCUUCUCGCCCGAGGCGGCGCGCGUCACUGUCGAGUUCCUCAAGAGCCGCGACGGUAUUUGGCAAGGGUUGCACAUGGGCCGCGACGAGAUGGAUGUUAUUUCCGAGGACAGGUGGGACGAGGAGCUGUGGGAGGUGUUUCGCGAUGCCGAGGAGCAUAGGCACAGGUUGCCCAAGUUCAUGUUCUUCUUUGCGAAGCGGGACCACUGGGUUGCGGACGACGUCAGGGACGAGUUUGUCCGCAAGCUCCAGAGGCACGCGACGAGGGAAGGGCCGGAUCACAAAAGGGGCGGACCGAGGUUGUCGUGGAGCAGGAUGGCAAGGUCGUCCACGCCUUUUGCACGCGAGAGAGACAACUUUUCUCCCUAUGACCCAGGAAAGGAGCGGCAUACGCGUGUCUUGGACGAGGCCAAGGUCCUGGCCGGUACCAUGAUGCGGUAA